AUGGCUUCUAGCUAUUCAGCAAGGGAGAUUAAUUUUUCCUGUCCGAUUAGUUUGAUAUUGCUGACAGAGAUUCUCCUAGAUGGAGUGGAAAUUGAAUGUAAAACUAAACGAUGGGGUUUUCCGCCACGGACGGCUCCGAGGACGCACAAGGGACGCAGGGAAGGUGGCCGCCGACAUGAGCUACGCUGCCUCCUGCCUGCUGGCCGUAUUGGGGGCAAUGCGUUGCCCAGCGCCAAGGACAUCAGAAAGAUCCUGGACAGUGUGGGCAUCAAGGCAGACAACGAGAGGCUCAACAAGGUCGUCAGUGAGCUCACUGGCAAGAACAUCGAGGAUGUAAUCGCCCAGGGCAUUGGCAAGCUGGCCAGUGUGCCCGCUGGUGGGGCUGCGCCCGUGUCUGCUGCCCUGGGAUCCGCAGCCCCAGCUGCUGGUGCGGCCCCCGCAGCAGCAGAAGAGAAAGAGGGAAAAAAGGAAGAGUUGGAGGAGUCAGACGAUGACAUGGAGUUCAGCCUGUUUGACUAGAUCCCGCGUCCCCCCA